AUGGUGCUUCUACUCAGUCUUCCUACCGAGGUGCUGCGCAUGAUAUGUGAUCAUGCCGAGGCCAGGCAGCUUGCCUCCUUGGCUCGCACCUGUCAACCCCUCUACUCGAUCGCGAACCCUAUGCAGUACCGUCGCGCGAAAGAUAAUCCUGAGGUCCUGUGCUGGGCUGCAGAGAAGGGCCUCCUGGGGACGAUGCAGCAGUUGCUUGCUGCUGGAGCUGACCCGAACAAGCCAGUCCAGCAGGACAUGGGGGCCUUCGAUUCCCCUGCGUUACUGGGGCGUCCCCAGGACUAUCUACGGGUACUGCAGAAUAGUCUACAGCGUAACCCAAAUAUACCCUCGACUACUGUACAAAGGGCGGUUGCGAUCCAGGCCGGCCGGGCUCCGCCUAGACCAAAGCGCAUCUACACGGCGUUACACCAAAGCGCAAGGGCCGGUCACGAUCAUCUGGUCACGCUCUUGCUUUGUAAUGGGGCAAACAUCAACACCACAUCGAGCGGGUUCUGCGAAUGCUGCCCUACCUUGACCCCGGAACUCGGAUAUCCAACUAUGGCAGGCCGGUUUUCUUCGAGGCCGCCGGAGAGCCCCAUGUGGACGCCACUGCACGUGGCAAUAUGCAAAGGCCAUCAGAGCACGGCCAAACUUCUCAUGUCAUGGGGGGCAUCCUUAGUUGUUGGAACCUCGAAAGAUCCCAGGACCGGCCGCCCUGUGACAGCUCUUCAUUGCUCGAGUGUGCUGGGCGAUGUGGCGCUCACUCAAGCUGUAAUGGAGCAUUAUCAACCGGACCUGGAAGCCAGAACCAGCAGCGGAUUGACAGCUCUAGGGCUAGCAUACCAAUACCCCUACCUAGAUGUCAUGGAACUUCUAUUAAAGAAUGGUGCCAGAGUUGACGAGUAUAAUGGAGACGGGACUACUCUGCUUGGACGUGCGUGCAAGGUUGGACAGUACGAGCUGGCGGCCUGGCUCAUAGAACGCGGUGCCAACCCCCUUCUUGGAGCAACGGGGCAUCGUUUUACACCGCUGCAUCUUGUCUGCGAGUCGAUUUCCCGUGAACCGUACAAAGUGCCAGCCGACUGGCCGAGACUACUCACGCAGGGCGACAUCGCGAGUAUACUCUUGAAGGCGGGACCGGAUGCAAUCCGCAUGACGACACCCAAUCAAACAGUUCCCAUCCUUGCCGCGGCAAAGAACUGUUCUCAUGAGCUUGUUGAACUACUUAUUGCACACGGAGCGGAUGCCAAUGCCUACGACAAACAUGAGACAGCUCUCACCGCCGCGUGCGGCUCAAAGCUCUGUGGGAGGACGCCCGAGGACCUGUGGAAUACCGUGAGACUCCUGAUAACCCACGGCGCUUCAGUACAUAGAAUGGACAUCCAUUCGCACACCCCACUUGAGAUACUCUGCCGUAACCAGCCCUUGGCAUUCCACCGCGAAACAAAAGAAAAGCUGGUUGAGCUCCUCAUACAGCAUGGCGCCACUCCAGAAGCGAGCGAUCCUUCCAGUCAAGCCGAUAGUCCUUGCAUCAGCCUUUUUGUGAAUGAUCAUAUCGCGAGUUGCAGGCUGCUCCUUGCACACGGAGCCACGCCACCCAACCCGAGCCAGAUAAGCCAGAUGAUUGCGCACGCUAUCACAAGAAACAAGCCCGAAGCCCUGCGUUUCGUGCUUGCCUUCGAUGGGGCACCCAAACUCAUGGCUACCGAGACUCGCCUCUAUGAGGCUCUGAAGAAGGACAUCGGCACUGUUGCCGAGAUCUUGUUCGACCACGGUGCACCCUACUCAUAUGUUUCUGAUGAGGGCUGGUCUUGCCUGCUUCUCGCCUGUCAAUUGACUCAUGAUGGCCUCAACCUAUGCAGAAAGCUUCUUCUUGCAGGCGCAGACCCUAACCACCUAACGGAUAGCGGGGUCUGCCCUCUAGAUAUCGCCGUGCAGAGGAACGAUUCGGCCCUCGUAGAACUCUUGCUGGAUCAAGGGGCAGAUCCAGAUCACGCAGGUCCAGACGGCAGAUCUGUGCUUGUGAGAGCCAGCAAUGGUCCCCAGCAGGAUAUAGUCAACGCGCUUUUACGCAGUUUUCAAAAAAGGAAAAAGUAG